AGAUACACACUCGUAGACACACACGCGCUGCUCAUUCACGGCUGCUUCCAUCUAUCCGUGCAGUUCACUUCAUUGUACUGACUGUGCUCAUCAAUUAGGCAACGAAUAAGGCGUUUUAGGUGCGAUAGUUGCCUUUGAGGACUUCGAGGAGGAUUAUAAACCGCGGACGGAAGCCUCGGAUAAGUUUUUUUUGAGUCCGGGGGGAGAGCGGAGAGAAACGGAAAGCAGUCAUGCCCUCGGUGAUGGAGCGUUCAGGGGCCGGGGUCCUGUCCCGGAGCAGAGCCAAGACCGUAACCAACGGCAACAGCCAGCCACACUCGGAGGAGGAGAGCAGCGACGAAGAGCACGCUCACGACAGCAUGAUCAGAGUGGGAGGAGAUUACCAGGCUCAGAUCCCAGAGUUCAAACCAGACAGUCCGACCCGCUACAACGAGAAGGACCAGAGGAGCAUGUUGGUGUGGUGUCCCAACACUCUGCUGUCUGACGCUAUGUUGGACGAGUACAUCCUCAUGGCUAAAGAGAAACACGGGUACAACAUGGAGCAGGCGCUGGGCAUGUUGCUGUGGCACAAACACGACGUGGAGCGCUCGCUGGCCGACCUGGCCAACUUCACGCCCUUCCCGGACGAGUGGACGGUGGAGGACAAGGUGCUGUUCGAGCAGGCCUUCAGCUUCCACGGCAAAAGCUUCCACCGCAUCCAGCAGAUGCUUCCAGAUAAGCUGAUCUCCAGCCUGGUGAAGUACUACUACAGCUGGAAGAAGACCAGGACCAGGACGUCCGUCAUGGACCGACAGGCCAGACGUCUGGUCAGCAAGAGAGAGAAAGACGACAGUAAUGACGAGGUGGAGGAAGGAGACCCAGGAAGCGACAGCGACUUUGAGAUCGACACGAAGAAAGAGGCCGUGAAGCAGAACCCGAACGUCGCCAGCUCCGACAAAGCCGCCCCCAGUCGCUCCGGGCCGGUGAAGAAGGAGAGCGUCGGGGCUCAGUACCGACACCACCCGCUCAGAGCCCGGCGCCGGCCGCCCAAAGGCAUGUACCUGGAGCAGGGAGACAUCAUGUCCCUGUCCGCCUCGCAGGACUCUGGCGUCUUCACCAUACGUCACCUGGACACGCAGCUGGUGUCACUCAAGAGACAGGUUCAGUCUAUUAAACAGAACAACAGCAGCUUGAAACACAGCCUGACUGAAGGUGUCGACACAUUAAAACCUACUGAGCCUGCCCCUAAGAUGAACUCUCGCUGGACCACAGAGGAGCAGCUCCUGGCCGUGCAGGCCAUCCGUCGUUACGGCAAAGACUUCACAGCCAUCGCCGAAGUCAUAGGAACAAAGACGCCAGCUCAGGUGAGUUCGUUCUUCGUGAGCUACCGGCGCCGCUUCAACCUGGACGAGGUCCUGAGGGAGUGGGCGGCCGAGCAGGUCGCCACAAACCGAGACCAGAGAGACCCGAGGAGGAGCAGCGAGGAGGCGGCGGCGGCGUCGGCCACGGAGGCGGGAGCAGAGGAGGAGGAGGUCAAAAUGGAGGACGCUCCCUCUGAUGCCGCCGCCGGCUCCUCCCCCCCCUCCUCCACCCAGACCCCCUCCUCCCUCUCUCAGCCUCCCCCGCUGCUGCGCCCGGCUCCCCCCUCGGCGCCGCCGAGCCUCCUGCGCCAGCCGCCCCCCCUCCAGACGCGCCCGCUCCAGAACCGAGCGCCCCACAACCACCCUCCUCCUCCGCUCAUCCGGCCGGCAGUCACCACCUCCUCCUCCUCCUCCUCCUCCUCCACCUCCGCCGGGAGCUCCACACUCAGAGGUUCUCCUCCCACCUCCUCCUCCUCCUCCUCCUCCUCCUCCGCAGGGCAGAUGCCUCCAUCGCUGGUCGGGCUCAAAGUGGAGCAGCCCAACUCGCACUGAUGCGACAGCAGGAAUAGCAACACACACAAGUUAGCAUGCAGGAAAAAACCCACAAACACAAGGACACGUCGCACAUCACACCAUCGAUCCAACAACACGCUCCACUCCCAAAGGUGACAUCCCAGCUCCUGUAAGACGUGUGAGGACCCACAAGCCCCUCGAUCUAAAGCCCCUUUUACUGUACGAAACCAACACUACCUCCCCCUCACCCCACACACACACACACACACACACACACGCACACACACACACACACACACACACACACACACACACACCAGUACCUGCUCACAUGGAACAAAAAGAGACACUGGAUCACGAAAGCUGUUGAAGGAAGCCACGACCACCACCACCACCACCACCACCGCGGAGGAGCGAACCCAGCUGCUCGUCUCCACGGCAACCGCUGAACAUCUGGAUUGUGGGGGUGGGUGGGAUUGAACACAUGCACUACUACACAAGUCUACACUGUAGAUAUCAAGUCAUCCAAACAAACAACCGUCGUCGGCUCCUCCGAGAGGUGGCGCCGAUCACAGGAUCGUUCAGGUGGUGGAAAUGUUUUUUGCUUUAAAAAGUUUCUCCGAGGUCGAGGGGGGGGGAAACGGUACUUCUGGAAAAGAGGUCGGACUUUGUAAUUUUGAAGAGUUCUGGGGUUUUGAAUAGAAUUUUGGUUCCGAAAUCGGUGAUAAAUAGAGAAAGUAGAGCGAGAGACGCCUCCUCUCCCUCCUUCUGUCCUAGUCAUGUGUGAGUAGUGAUUAUAACUGGAGUGAUGUUUUCAUUUUGUUUUUGAUUAGACUUUUUAAAAGGUUUAAAAGCCCUAGAUAGGCAGUUAGUUACUGUGUGUAGAUUAGAUCCCUAUGAUAAUUAUUGACUGAGCACUACGGAGAAAAAAGAGCCUUACAGCACAUGACUGGACUCGGGUCUCACAUCUCAACAAGUCCCACUUCUUUAAGAAUAUUUUCAUAAACCUCUGCGUUUUCAGAGGACUCCACCAUCUUUCUCGUGACCUCCGACAGAUUUGUGUCUGCUGGAAAAAAAAAAAAGAAAAGUUCUGCCAAAGUCUGUUAUUGCUUUAAAAGCACAUCGUCCCACACCGUGCUGCUUCUCCCCCACCGGACACAACAAAACUCAAGACUCUCCACGUCCUGGAAAAUCCUGGCUCAUUUGUCUUUUUUUCGUGUGUUUAACGGGUGAAAACGUGUUUACCAAAAUGUCAGAGCAGUCGCUUAACAGCCAAACAAGUUACGGCAGCUUCCUCCCUGGUUACGGGAACCAGAGAGGUCUACGAGGAGAUCUGGAUCUGCUGUUAAGUCCGUUAAUAGUCGACUCGUUUAGACGAUGAAGGGUCAGAAAUUGCUGCAUUUUUUUUCUGUGUCUUCUGUUCAGGGCUCGUGUGUCUAAUGCUUCCUACUGAUGAAUCACAAUCUCAUGAACAAAUGGGGAUGACUGAACCAUGUUUUCCUGAUUUCUUACAGAUGUCCUCCGCUAGUCUUUAGAGGCCAGUUGUCUGGAUCACUGCCUUUUCAAUCAAAUGUCUCACUGCUCUCCGUUAGCCGAGGCCUUCAGCGUUCAGUUUAGCACAGCACAGAGAGUGGAAGAGGUCCAUCGCUACGUUUUGGCUUUAAAAUGAAUUGCCUUUAGACUUGGCUUGGACUUUUUGUUUCUUCCUCCAAAAAAACUGCUCGUGUGUAAUGUAUAUGAGAAGUUGUUUACAUUGUGGAAACUCAGCUGUUUUGUGUUUGAGAUUUUUUUUUUCUUUUUCUAGAAUAAAUAAAUGACCAAAUAGA